UUGAAUGAAUUUCGACGCGUCAGUACGAAACGGAGAACUCCAAGCGAGCCCCGGGUUUCCCUCUCUUUUGUGAAUUGUUAUGGUGGGAUUUUGUGGACUGUACCGAUCAUCUAUACCCUAGGUUUUUGGCGGCCAAACCUGUAAAUUCGAAGUUUCAACUUCCAGGCUUUCAUCAAUGGCGGGCUUUUCCUUUACAGGCUUCAACCUCUCUUCUUCUUCGUCUUCCUCUUCUUCAUCUACUACGACCCCUACCUUCUCGUUUGCCCAGUCUAGCUCUGCACCCUUCUCUUCUUCUUCUUCUCCCUCUACAUUUUCUCUCCCUUCUUCUGCCUCUCCAUUUUCUUCUUCUGCUCCUGCGUUUUCCUUUGGUACAUCUGGCUCUUCUUCCUCUUCUUUUACUAAUCCGUCGGCUUCUGGUUUUGGAUUUGGUGCAUCUGGUUCUUCUUUUUCUUCUUCUUUGAGCUCAGGAUCAUCUGCAUCUCCUGCUUUCUCUGCAUUUCCCAUGGGGUCUUCUUCUGCUUCUUCAAGCCCUAGUUUUUCAUUUCAGAACCCUCCAUCCUCUGCACCUUCGUUUUCCUUCUCUGGAUCCUCGGCUUUGAAGCCUUCUUCUUUUGCAUUUGCUUCGUCUUCCUCUUCAUCGUCUCCUUCCUCCAUGGCCUCCAUGGCUCCUGCAACUGCUGUUUCAAGCGCUGGUUUUGAUUUUUCUAUUUCUUCUUCUUCCUCUCCUUCUCCUUCGGUGGCUCCUGCAACGGCAGGUUCAAGCCCUAAUUUUGGCAUUUCGGUUCCUGCAACUUCAUCAUCUUCCACUCCUGCGUUUUCAUUUGGACCUCCCUCUUCUGCGCCUGCAACUGCUAAGGCUUUAUUUGGAACCCCUUCUUCUUCUUCGACUACCACCCCAUCGCUUGCUUCUUUGUCUUCUUCAACUUUGAGUUCUCAAUUUCCCUCCAUAUUCCCUGCUUCAAGUUCCUCUCCCUCACCUUUGUUUUCAUUUCCAAGCUCUGGUGCAUCUAAGCUCUCUUCAACUUCUGCUUCUUUGACAUCUUCAACUGGUGCAUCUUCAUCAAGUUCCCCUGUCUCCCUAGGUUCUCCUUUGUUUUCUUCAUCUUCUUCUUUGUUCUCUGGUUCAGGUCUCCCAUCAGGAACUCAGUCAUCUCCUUUAUCAACUUCUCAGAAUCCCACUUCUGGGUCUACUGGUUUUUCAUUUCAAAAACCUGCAACUCCAACACUUGGAGUCUCUACUGCCUCUUCUUCUCUCUCUACUACUGGUACUGCGGUUCCUUUAACUGCCUCUUCUUCUCUCUCUACUACUGGUACUGUGGUUCCUUUAACUUCUGGGGCACCUUCACUGAUGUCCUCUCAAACCUCUGCUUCUACUUCUCCUGCAUUGCCUUCUUUUGGGUUUUCUUUUUCUUCAUCUUCAUCAUCAUCAGUUGCAACACCUGCUAUUGCAUCUGCAACUGAUAGCAAAAUCAUCUCUACCAAGACCACCACAGCUUCAACCAUCACUGCCACGACCACCAACACCAGCACCACAGCAGCUUCUACAAGUAAUCUUUCAAGCUUCUCGCUUGCAACCAAGCCUUCAUCAUCUUCCUCACUUCAAACAACCUCUGUGGUGCCUUCAUUUAGUUUUUCUGUCUCAACUGCUGCGUCAACUGAAACUGGUGCAAAAUUUAGUUUUGCAAGUCCAAAUGCUGGUACAACCCAGGCAGCCCCUUCUUUUAGUCAAAGCAGUAGUGCGGGGAUUAUGUCUUCAAAAAUAAGUACACCACUACAAGCACCGAAAUUGCCAUCUGAGAUUACUGGAAAGACUGUAGAAGAGAUCAUCAAAGAUUGGAACUCCGAGUUACAGGAACGCACUGCAAAGUUUAGAAAGCAAGCUGGGGCAAUAUCUGAGUGGGAUAGGAGGAUAUUACAAAAUCGAAACGUUCUCAUUAGGCUAGAGACAGAACUGGCGAAUGUGGUUGAGAGACAGCAUUGUUUGGAGCGCCAACUGGAGUUGAUUGAAACUCAUCAACAAGAGGUUGACAAGGCAUUGCAAAGUAUAGAAGAAGAAGCUGAGAGGAUGUACAAUAAUGAACGUGGUGUACUCCUUGAAGAUGAGGUGGCAUCAACAAGAGAUUCCAUGUAUGAACAAGCUGAGUUUAUUGAAAGGGAGAUGGAACAGAUGUCAGAACAAAUCAAAUCAAUUAUUCAGACCUUAAAUACGAAUCAGGGUUCUGAUCUUGACGGUAUGGAUGGCAUGACUCCCCUUGAUGUUGUCGUUCGGAUUUUAAAUAAUCAAUUGAGCUCCUUAAUGUGGAUUGAUGAAAAGGCUGGUGAGUUCUCGUUGCGUAUUAAGAAACUAGCUGACCAUGGUGCAGCUGUGGAGCGAGAUUUGCCAGGUUUCUUAUCUUGGUGAAGUGGAAGUAUGAAACAAGCACUAUUCGUUUGCAUUGGACCUUUGCUUUUAAUUGGAAGAAAACCAUUUCUGCGUGAGCUGCAAGUUUAGAAAAGCCUCUUCAUGUUUUGGUCCUCAGGUUCAGAAGACUCUAAUGUUUUUUAACGGAUUUUGGGUCGCUCUAGCGGGUUAGUUCUGGGACUUUUGUGCAGUUUGAGCUUAAUCAACUGUGCUGUAUACUUGGAGUUGUAGUCUUUUUGUAAUUGUGAUUUUGUGAGACUUUAUUUCCAUGAUGAAAUGGGAAAUUUCAAGGAUCAUGUUGAGUGUUGUUCUGUCGGGCACUGGGAUCUAAAGUAUGCUUUGCACUGUUGUUUCUUCCAAAAGCAUUAGGUUAAUGUUAAA